UUUAUACGUACAGCGUAAUUAAGCCCAAGCUCAAAACAAUGGCAGCCUCUUUCCGCACCUCCCAAGUUCUCUUUCUCCUGACUUUCUUCUUUUCCCUCACAAAUAUCACAGCUGAUCAAUCGCCACCCAACACGGGCGGCACAAACUUUUCAUGCUCAGUGGAUUCACCCUCCUCCUGUGAAACGUACGUCGCCUACUUUGCCAAGCCACCCAAUUAUUUGGACAUGGAAAACAUAUCUCAUCUAUUUGAUCACCUCUCUCCUUCAUCAAUUGCAAAAGCCAGCAACCUAGAUUCCGCCGCCGGAAUCAACAACCAGCUAUUUCCCGGUCAGCUCUUACUUGUACCCAUCACCUGUGGCUGCACCGAUCACCGUUAUUUCGCCAAUAUAACUUACCAGAUCAAGGAAGGCGAUAGCUACUACUUAGUCUCUGUAAAUUCAUUCGAGAAUCUCACCGACUGGCAUGCAGUGCAAGAGAUGAAUCCCACGCUGAAUCCAACCCUCUUGCAGAUUGGCACACAAGUAACCUUUCCUUUGUUCUGCAAGUGCCCCUCAAAAUCCCAUGUAGGAAAUAUUACAAACCUCAUGAUCACCUAUGUAUGGCAACCCACCGACGAUGUUUUUCAAGUAAGUGCUAAAUUUAGCGCCUCGCCGGCUGACAUUGAAGCUCAAAAUGGCUACGGCAAGAACUUCAGCGCUGCAGUGGGCCUUCCGGUGCUGAUCCCCGUGUCACAGUUGCCAGCUCUGUCUCAAUCUUACCCGCCACAGCAGUCUCAUUCCAAACAUCGUUGGGUAUUCCUCGUACUUGUUAUGAGCUUGGGAGGUGCUGCUUUGAUGUUCCUUUUGAUUACUUUGUUGGUCUAUGCUUAUUGUUUCCGUGAGAGAAUUAAGAAGAGUAGUACUAUAAAUCGUAUGGGUUCGUCUCUGGAGACCAGCGAUCUGAUUCAAACGAAGGAACAAGCAAAAAGCGAAGCCUUUAAGGGAAAGCUACUUCCUGGAGUUUCGGACUACCUCAGCAAGCCAAUCGUGUUCGAGAAUAAAACGAUUAUGGAGGCAACGAUGAACCUUAAUGAACACCGAAGGAUUGGCGGAUCGGUUUACAGGGCUACGAUCAACGGGCUGGAUUUAGCAGUGAAGAAAACCAAGGAAGAUGUCUGCACAGAGGAACUAAAAAUCUUACAGAAAGUAAACCAUGCAAAUCUGGUGAGAUUGAUCGGCAUCUCGUCUGAAGUCGCAGACGGGAAUCGGUUCUUGGUCUAUGAAUAUGCGGAAAAUGGGUCACUUGAUAACUCUUUGGCGUUCCUCACAUGGAACCAGAGGCUAAAUAUUGCACUAGAUGUAGCCAACGGUCUAUACUACAUGCAUGAACACACACAGCCGACGAUUGUUCACAGAGAUAUCAGAGCAAGCAAUAUACUUGUUGACUCCGGGUUCAAGGCAAAGAUAGCAAAUUUCUCCAGGGCUAGAUCUGCUAUAAACUGCAUAUUGCCGAAAGUGGAUGUUUUCGCUUUUGGAGUUGUUCUGCUGGAGUUGCUUUCGGGAAAGAAAGCCAUGGAAAUAAAAGAAAAUGGUGAGGUUGUUAUGCUGUGGAAGGAGAUAAGAUGGAUCUUUGAAGUGGAAGAGAAGAAGAGAGAGGAGAGGUUAAGAAAAUGGAUAGAUCCAAACUUAAGGGGCUUCUGUCCGAUUGAUGGGGCUAUCAGCUUGGCGGCUUUGGCGAGGGCGUGCACGGUGGAUAAAUCUUCGGCAAGGCCAAGCAUGGGAGAAAUCGUAUUUAGCCUGUCUCUUCUUACUCAGUCAUAAUCAUCUUCUCAAACUUCAGAAAGAUCUUAAUUGGAGUACUUCAGGAUUAUUAGAAGGAGAUGAAGCAAUUCAUAUUGUUGGUCCAGUCAAAGCUCGCUAAUUAAUUUAGUGAAGAACCAGUUUAUAAUUAAUACAUCAAUCUCUUACAUAUGUUCAUGUAUAUAAAUUUUCAUUUUAAUAAUUAA